UUUCAGGAUGUUGCUGUUAGAAACUUUCUGCUGUGACUCCUUGCUUCAUGCCUGAAAUCAAAAUGAUAGUUGCCGUAAAGUGACUCAUACUGCUGUGAGUCAAAUCCCUUAAAAGUAUCAAAAAAUAUUUGUCUGAACCACAAUUAAAAACAAUAUAAUCAUUUCCAGAAUAAAAAAGUUUAACCCACCAAUUUACAGAGAGUGGAGUUUUCAGUAAGAACUAAUAAAGGAGUGAAAUAUUGCUGUAUAUACACUGUACUCGGAUUAGUAGAAUUUUAAUUUAAUCUGUAGUUGUGUGAGGGGAAAACGUGAAUAAUCUUUUUAAAAAGUAAAAUAAAAAGAGGAUUUACGUAAGUCUUUGAAUAGUAGUCCCUCUAGUGGUGAUACAAACUGAAAAUUGACGACGACGUCAUAUUUUACUCUCAGUUGCCACCCAGAACAACAACGCAGAGCUGCAGGUUACUUCAAAGUCCAAAGGAUGGAUUUGGAUGAGUACUUCAAAAGAAUUGGUUUCUAUGCCUCCUGUGAUAAACUGGAUCUUGCAACACUGAAGCUGAUCCACAGACAGCACGUUAUGUCCAUCCCAUUUGAGAACCUAAGCAUCCACUGUGGCGAGAGGAUCACCAUGGACCUUGAGGUCAUCUUCAAUAAGGUCGUGAGGAGCAGCCGCGGAGGCUGGUGCCUUGAGAACAACUCCCUGUUUGGCUGGGUUUUGAGACAAAUGGGUUUCAACACGACAACACUGAGCUCCAGAGUUUUCAAUAGUUUCCUCAAUGACUUUGGCCCGCUUGACUCUCAUCUCAUUAACAAGGUCAACAUUGAUGGGAAGGCUUAUAUAACAGAUGUAAGCUUUGGGGUGUCAUCACAAGUGCGAGAGCCUCUGGAGCUUAUUUCUGGAAAGGAGCAGCCCCAGGCAGCGGGUGUUUUUCGCCUCAUAGACAAAGGGGAAAUGUGGGUGCUGGAGAAGACUGGCAGAAAACCAGAGGUUCCUAAUCCAGAAUUUGCUACAUCAAGUCUGGUGAGCAGGAAGGAAACAAAGCAGAUCUACUGCUUCACCUUGGAGCCUCGCGGGGUAGAUCAUUUUGUAGAUAAAUGUCACAGGCUGCAGACCGACCCCACCUCACUGUUCACCAAUAAGUCCAUCUGCUCUUUGCAGACUCCCACGGGAUUCAGAGCCCUGAUUGGAAAGACCUACAGUGAGGUCACCUUCAAACCAGAGGAAGGUGUUGAUGUCUUAGACAUGAGGGACAUAUCAGAUGAUGAGAUAGAAGAAAUUCUGAUGGAAAAGUUCAACAUAAAGCUGCAGAACAAACUAAAGCUCAUGAGCAACAAAUCCUGGUACACACUUUGAAAACAAUCCUCGCAUAUCAACAUUUUAUGUUGAAGCUCCAUGAAUUAAAUUAUUUAGAUCUUCAGAAUUUUAGUUGCAUAAAAACAGAAAGAAAUGAGCUCUAAAUAAUGUGCACUGAAUGAUGGAACGAUAGAAAUGUGGAGAAAAAAACAACUCUAUUUGAAUUCCAAUAAUUCAAUUCAAUUUUAUUAUAUUCAUAUAGCGCCAAAUCACAAAAGCAGUCACCUCAAAGCACUUUAUAUUGUAAGGUAAAGACCCUACAAUAAUACAGAGAACACCACAAAAAUCAAUUAUCCACAUAAUCAUUACAUAAUUAUGAAAAAUUAGGCAAAAAAACCCAUAAUCUGUUAAAGAAUAUAUAUAUAUAUAU